CUCUGAGCGACCUUGGCGGAAGGUCAAUGGGGGCGAAUACUUCGAAUAUACUUGAUCAGUCCGAGGUUGAGGAAAUUGCACAAGAAACUGGAUUUUCUCCAAAACAAAUUUAUCGAUUGUACAAUAGAUAUUUGGCUUUGGACAAGACGAACGCCGGGUACUUGAGGCGUCAUGAUUUUCUAUUAAUUCCAGAAUUAGCCAUUAAUCCACUUGGCGAUCGAAUCGUGAAUGAAUUUUUUAAAGAUAGUCAAGGUGAAUUGAAUUUUCGUCAAUUUGUACGUAAACUAGCAAGAUUUCGUAAAGUUCGACCACAACAAUCUACUCAAUUUAAUAAUCGUGAUGCAAAAUUACGCUUUCUAUUCGGUAUGUAUGAUUUAGAUAUGGAUGGUAAAAUAUCAAGAAAUGAAUUAUUGGGAAUGUUACAAAUGAUGGUCGGUGCUAAUAUUACUGUUGAACAGAUCAAUAAUAUUGGUGAACGAACAAUGGCUGAAGCGGAUCUUGAUGGUGAUUGCUAUAUAUCGUAUGCGGAAUUUGUACAAGCAUUUGAUAAUGUGGAUAUUGAACAAAAGAUGAGUAUACGCUUUUUGGAAUGAUUACAUUAAUCGAUUUAUAUAUCUAUCUCUAUGCUCCCCCUCCUCUCUGUUCUUUUUUAUACACACCCACAAAAAAAAUAUUCGCAACAAUUCCAAUUAUAUAGACAAAAUCAUUUCUUAUUUUCCUUAAAUAUUUCAUUUUCAUUAGUGAUUUUGUUGUUGUCGUUCAAUUUUCCUUUCUGUGUUCACUUGAUUUACAUAACGCUCAACUGUUCACGUACAUAAAUAUUAUUAUCUUGACCUGAUGAUCAACGUUUUAGUUUCUCUUUUUUUUGAAUAGUUCGUUAUGUGUAUGUUACUGCACUUGUUAAUUAUCCUCCUGUGAACAUACAUGGAGAAAGGCAGGCAUGAAAUUACAUGCAUACUAUACAUAUCUCUUGUAUGAGAUCAUUCUAUAAUAUAUAAUUUUGUAAAAACAACAGUUUUAUGUUUAUCUACUUAUUUACAUUUCAGUAGUAUAUUUUUGUUUAUCUCGAUUUUCAACGCCAAUAUCUACUUUUCACUCUCUCUUUCUGUAACAGUGAAUAAUUAUUGAUUUUUUUCAAAAGAUCUUGAUGAUUAUGUUUUUGGUUAUUAUUAUUAUUAAUAAUAAUAAUAAUAAUUCUGAUUGCAGUGAUUGGAUCUGAUUUAAAACUACCACUAUUUAUGUGUUUAGUAUUCACUAAUGUUGAUAAUUAUAUGAAUUCAAUAUACUUAGAAUAAAUAUAGAAGUUAAUAAACAAACAGAUUUAUCAUGACUGAUAUCAGAAAUCUUCAAUUUAGCUGGUUGCUUUUAUUGGUAUGUUCUUUAAUCUAUUUGGUUUAAUGGUGAAAAUUUAUCAGUUGUCCUUCUGGACAAUAUUAUCUGCUCCUGUAUUAUGUGGUUGUGAAUUUGUCAGUUAUUCCACAAGCUUUAACUGGUGUGGUUUAUGAUUGAUUAUCUUUAUGGGCAAUUUAGUCCUCAUUUAUUCUUGCAUUUCUAUUGAAUGUGUUUUUUUUUCUGGUUGACUUCUGAUCAUGUAGUUAGUCUAUGUCUUUCACGUGGAUUGAUAUCGAUGUCUGUUGAUGGCCAAUUGAUCUGAAUGCUAUACAUGUGGAAGUUCUCUAACAUUUUUAGAAUUUUAACGUUUUCCCAUCCAAAUUCAUUUAUGUUCGUAGUUUUAUACAUGUUUUGAUAUUAUUGAUGACGUAUAAUACUGCAUCACUGGUAAUCUAUGUUCAAGGUAUGCAUAGGUAGAGAGAGAGCGUCCACUUUAUCAGUCGUACUACUGAUAUUCUGAUUACUCAGUUUUCUGUGUUCACGACUACAAAAGUAGAAUGGAUUAUAAGCAACAGAUAUUAAUGUGAUUUCACAUUGACCAUCAAUUAUAAUGCCAUCCAAUUAUCCUGGUUUUUCUUUUAGUAGUUCCAAUUCUUGCUGUAGUCGAUACAUCUAACUUGAAAAAAAAGCUAGAAAUUUCCAUUGUAUCCAUCGUCGCUGACAAGGCAAUAUCGAGGCAAUCCUCACAGGAUGCACAUAUGCCAAUAAGUGACUAAUCAAUUGCAGUCCUAAACACUAAUAGGGAGAUUCAAACAAACAAUACACAAUGAAUUAAAUGUGAUCUCAUUGCACAAGCUAGUGGUUAUGUGGAGUCAGUAGCUAAGUGGAUAACUCGAUGGCGUUUGAAGCGAACAUUACUGCGUUCAAGUCUCGGAGUGAAUAUCAACUCAGAGAUGCACGUAUAUUCAACUGAAGAGUUCCAUAUGAAACGGAACGUGCAUCCUGGAUUCCACUGCUAACCACCAUUCUCAGGUAUUGAAAUGAAAGCAACUGAAUUAUAUGACCAAGUAAAUUUUAAUAAGAUUACCAAAACAUAUUUGCACUGAUCGACAAAAUAUAUGCUGUGCUACGAUUAGGGCGUUAUAUUUUACUGACUGAAUAGUUUUCAUUGAUUGGUCCUACAACAGAAUCAGUUGUCGAAUUAGAUUCUUCCGACCACUUAAUAAUAAGAAACAAAAUCAAAUAUGGAAAAGUAUCUAUUCCACUGAUUAGAUAGUGAUCUAAAAUUUUGAUUUCUAUUUCGAUCACAGAAUAAGUGUUAAAAAAUUGAAAACAUUUCAUACGAAUAACUGAGAAUUUAGUUACUACUGGAUACUGUAGUAGGUUGACAAGAAGCUAAUUGAUUUCUAAAUUUAGGUAAAUCAAUAGUCCAUAGAAAUACACUAACUGCUGAACUAAACCCUAUUUCAAGUUUCACCCUGUCAAGAUUCUUUCUUACUGUAUUGAUAAAGACUGAUAAUAACUGAUGACGAUACACAUUAUCCCCAUAUCUUACACUUUUUAUCAUAGACUAUCCACUGAUGUGUAUUAAUUCAACUCAACACGUACUCCGCCUAUAGCUCUCCUGGGGCUACUUCCCGUCUCAAGCCUACAUAUAGGGGAAGUGUUGGGCAUCGGGUUGGCAAGCCCAUCUCAUAGAUAACAAUCUUUCUAAAGACAACGCUAAUCAGAAUUAACAAAUUGAACCACUUAAUGUCUGCCCUCAGAGUAGAAGGAAAAUUUAUCAUGCCUCUUGUUGAAAGCCGAGAUUCUCCGAAAGUCAUGAGACUGAUGCCACUUUCGACAACUAGAGCAACAGUUAAUAUAACUUCAUGGAACUUCCGGACCAUGUUGUAGACUGGGAGGAACAACCAAAUAGCUACGGAAAUGAGUAGAGACAACUUGGUGUUGCUCGGAAUAAGUGAAAUCCAUUGAACUCAAUCUGGACAGAAGAUAGAUUAGAGAGAAAUGCUGCUGUACUCAGGUCACUGAGAAGAAAGUGCCCUGCGCACUCAGGGAGUUGCUCUGAUACUGUCCAAAGAGCCACAUAAAGCAGUUAUUGGAUAGGAAUCUCAUGGACCGAUGAUCAUCAAAGCAUCAUUUAAAAAAUGAGGGAGGGAAUCACAAUGAAUAUUAUCCAAUGUUAUGCACCCACCAGUGAAUGCAACGACGACGGUAAAGAUCAAUUUUAUGAGAGGUUUCAGUCGAUCAGAGCGAAGUGUUCAGGAAAGGACUUGACCAUCCUGAUGGGAGACCUAAACGCCAAAGUCGGAAUUCACAACACCGGGUAUGAAGACAUCAUGAGAAGAGAUGAACUGACUGGGAGAAAGGAAUGAGAAUGUUGACAGAUUUGCAAAUCUAUGUACAUUCAACAAAAUGAUUAUAGGUCGCAUAAUAUCUCCACACGAACGCAUACAUAAUCUACAUGGGUCUCAUCGGACCACAGUAUGGCGAACCAGAUAGAUCAUAUUUGCAU